AUGCACUCCGCUUCCAGUAUGCUGGGAGUCGUGAAAAUGGAAGGACACGAGCACACGGAGUGGAGCAACUACUACGGCGAGCCGGAGGGCUACUCCUCCAUGAAUGGCGGCUUGGGCAUGAACAGCUACAUGGCCAUGCCCGCCAUGGGCAGCGCCGGCAACCUCUCGACGGUGGCGUCCGGCGGCUCCAUGGGCAUGUCUUACGCGGCUGGCCCGGCAGGCAUGAACCUCUCUCCCGGCGCGGGGGCCAUGGCCGGCAUGGCGGCCCACCUGAGCCCCAGCCUGAGCCCGCUGGGCGCCCAGGCGGGCUCCAUGGGGGCCGCGCUGGGCGCCUACUCCGCCCUGAGCCCGGUGGGGGCCGGCGGCGGCGGCGGCGGCGGCUACGGGCCCGCGGCGGGCCUGGGCCGCGCCCGCGACGCCAAGAGUUACCGCCGGAGCUACACGCACGCCAAGCCUCCCUACUCGUACAUCUCUCUCAUCACCAUGGCCAUCCAGCAGUCGCCCAACAAGAUGCUGACGCUGAGCGAGAUCUACCAGUGGAUCAUGGACCUCUUUCCCUUCUACCGGCAGAACCAGCAGCGCUGGCAGAACUCCAUCCGCCACUCGCUCUCCUUCAACGACUGCUUCCUCAAGGUGCCGCGCUCGCCCGACAAGCCGGGCAAGGGUUCCUUCUGGACCCUGCACCCCGACUCGGGCAACAUGUUCGAGAACGGCUGCUACCUGCGCCGCCAGAAGCGCUUCAAGUGCGAGAAGCCGCCGGGCGCCAAGCAGCAGCAGCAGCAGCAGCAGGGCGGCUCGCCGGCCUCGGGCCCCGGCAAGAAGGCGCUCCCGCAGGCGGAGCGGGAGGGGCCCAACGGGACCUCCGAAUCGCCGCGCUCCAACGCCUCGCCUUGCCGAGAGCAUAAGCGCUCGCUGGCCGAGCUCAAGGGCCAGCCGGAGCCCGCCCCGUCGCCGGCCCAGCAGCAGCACCUGCUGGCGCAGCAUCACGCCCACGCGGGGCUGUCGCACGAGGCCCACCUCAAGGCCGAGCACCACUACGCCUUCAACCACCCCUUCUCUAUCACUAACCUGAUGUCCUCCAGCGAGCAGCAGCAGCAGCAGCACGCCCACCACCCCCACCCCCACCAUCAGCAUUCCCACCACCCUCAUCCCCCCCACCCCAAAAUGGACCUGAAGGCCUACGAGCAGGUGAUGCACUACGCUGGUUACGGCUCGCCGGUGCCAGGCAGCCUGGCCAUGGGCUCUGUCACGAACAAAAGCGCCCUCGAGGCCUCGCCCUUGGCCGGAGACGCCUCCUAUUAUCAAGGGAUGUACUCUAGACCCAUCAUGAACUCGUCCUAAAGAAACCCCCUCCCUCCCUCCCUCCCUCCCUC